UGGUGGUGGGUGGGAGGACGUUAACUUGGAGUCGGUGUGUCUGAAAGUGUCGCGCGGCGCUGGUCUGGUCUGGCGGCUCUCGGUGCUGAAGGACGGCGGCAGCGGCGGCGGCUCUGACUCGGCUGGAAUGCGCGCAGGCAGCGGACUGUCCCUCCGCGAGGAUUCCGAAAGUUUACCCGUCGCUCCAAACUUUCCGCCGGGCUUCAGCUCGCCUGAACUCGGCCUGUGAACCGUCGGUCCCACAUGCGUCUGUACCCCCCUCAUUCAACCAGGUGAGCCCGCCGUUCGAUCCCCUGAGGGGGGGCCGCGCCGGCAGCAGCUCCGGUUUGGACCUGUUCGCACACGGCGGCGCGCGGAUCUGUUUUCACGAAGCCGCCUCGGGUCGCUGCUGGAGAACAUGACCGGAGAACCGGGGAGCACCGGGACGGUGACACGGCGGAGGAGCGGCAGAGCCCCGCGGGGAGCGGCGUGGCUCCUCGGCUUUAUCAGCCUUCAAGUGCUGUCCACCCAGGCCGCCGCUGUCUACUUCACCAAGGAACCCACGUCCCAGGAUGCCUUGCACGGCCGCAGUGCGAUGCUGCGCUGCGAAGUCAGUGAUCCGGCGGAUUUCACGUACAGAUGGCUUCACAAUGGCGAGCGCCUGCAGCACGAUGACCGGCGCUUCCAGGAAGGAAGUAACCUGAAGUUCACGGCGGUGGACCGGCGGCUGGACGCUGGGAACUUUGUGUGUGUCGCCGAAAACGCGGCAACCGGAGAGUUCGUCCAGUCCAGCAACGCCUCCUUCAACAUCAAGUGGCUGGAAAGUGGCGCUCUGACACUGAAGGAGCCGCUUUCAGAGGAGGAUAUCCAGAGCUCCUCACCAGUGACGCUGCGCUGUCAUAUCGACGGACACCCUCGGCCAACAUGUCAUUGGUACAAAGACGGCGUGAAGCUGACAGAGAAGACCCAUCAGAUCAACAACAAGGAGCGAACGCUCACCAUUAAGAGCGCCAGCCCGGAUGACAACGGCCUGUACUCCUGCUGCGCCAGAAAUGCCGCCGGGAGCGUCUGCAGCAAUCCAAACUUCACCCUCAGCAUCAUAGAUGAGAGCUUCCCGCGGCCGGUGGUCACUCCUGAAGACCAGGUGGUGAUGAAGAAUGAGGAGGCGGUUUUCCACUGUCAGUUCACCGCGGAACCUCCUCCGACGCUGGAGUGGUUCCAUGAAGACGACUCGCUGUCCAACAAAUCCCGCGUCUUCCUGUUGUCCAACGGCAGCCUGCUCAUCAAACAGGUCAAACCCAGGAACACUGGAACCUACAAAUGUGUUGGUCGUGGUCUCCGAGGAUCCCACGUGGCCCUGGAGGCCUCCCUGGUCAUCGCUGAAAUAGAAGACAUGGAGCCCAAGAUGUCAAAGGUCUUCCAAGUCAACACCCAGCAGCGGGUGGCGUGUCGGCCCCCACGGGGCAAACCGAGCCCCGACGUGUGGUGGGAGAGGGACGGCCAGCGGAUCCCCACUGAAGGUCGGGUGUUCCAGGACGGCCUGAACCUAGUCUUCAACCCCACAAUGGAGGGAGAUUCUGGCGUUUACACCUGCGUGGCCCAGAACAAGGCGGGACGGAGAACGCAGGAGGCUACAGUCACCGUGGCCACUCCUCCAGAGUGGGUGAUGAAACCUCAGGACAGCAACUUGGAGGAAGGUAAACCCGGAUACCUCCACUGUCACACUCGAGCCAACCCCCAGCCCGAGGUCACGUGGAUGCGCAACGCCGCCGUGGUCAAACCCGAGGACCCGCGCUUUAAAGUGUUCCCCAACGGCACCCUCAGGAUCAAUAACGUGGAGGUGUACGACGCUCACGUGUACAGCUGUGAAGCCAGGACCGCUGGCGCCAGCCUGUCUGCCCACGCUCGAGUCGCCGUACUCGAGAAGCUGAAAUUCACGCCGACCCCCCAGCCGUCCCAGUGCCUGGAGCUGGAUAAGGAGAUCACCAUCCAGUGCUCAGCUAAGGGCAGAGAACCCCCCACAAUCCGCUGGACCAAAGCAGGUGGAGGAGAACUGCUGCCUCACGUUGAGCAGAGGAACGGCCAGCUCCAGUUCACCAAAGUGACCCGCAGCGACGCCGGGAACUACACAUGCAUCGCCUCCAACAGCCUGCAGGGGGAGAUCAGAGCCCUGGUGACUCUCAUUGUAGCUGUGUACAUUCGGUUCAAGUUGGAGCCAGAAAACACCACGGUGUAUCAGGGCCACACGGCUAUCCUGCACUGCCAGGCCACCGGAGACCCUGAGCCCCACAUCCACUGGAUGCUGAAGGACACCAUGCUGGACAUGAGCAAGAACAAGAGGUUCCAGAAGAUGCCCAAUGGCUCCUUGGUGAUCUCUGACGUCACCACAGAUGAUACGGGCAGGUACACCUGUGUGGCUGGAAACAGCUGCAGCAUCAAAUCCCACGUGGCUCAGCUGUAUGUAGUAGAGAAGCCGACACAUGCAUUUGAUGUAGACGAAGAACGGGCUCCUUACAAGAUGAUCCAAACCAUCGGCCUGUCUGUGGGAGCGGCUGUGGCUUACAUCAUUGUGGUGUUGGGACUGAUGUUCUACUGCAAGAAGAGACGAAACGCCAAAAGGCUGCAAAAGGGCCAGGAGGGCGAGGAGCCUGAGAUGGAGUGUCUAAAUGGAGGGGCAGUUCAGCAAAAUGGCCACACCACCGCUGAGAUCCAGGAGGAAGUGGCGCUCACCAACAUGGGAACCAGCGCAACAACCGAGAAGCGCCACAGCCACGUCAACAACGACAAACUUCAGUUUCCUCGCGCAAACCUCCAAACCAUCACCACGUUAGGGAAAGGGGAGUUCGGCGAGGUGUUGCUGGCCAAAGCCAAAAACAUCGAGGAGGGCGAAGAGGAGACGGUGGUGCUGGUGAAGAGUCUGCAGACCAGAGAUGAGCAGCUACAGCAAGACUUCCGCCGUGAAGCCGAGAUGUUCUCCAAGCUGAGCCACGCCAACGUCGUCCGCCUGCUCGGCCUGUGCAGAGAAGCAGAGCCACACUACAUGAUCCUGGAGUACUAUGACCGGGGAGAUCUGAAACAGUUCCUGAGGAUCUCCAAAAGCAAAGAUGACAAAGUGAAGUCUCAGCCUCUCAGCACUAAAACCAAAAUUUCUAUCUGUGCUCAAGUGGCUCGUGGCAUGGAACACCUGUCCAACCAUCGCUUCGUCCACAAAGACCUCGCUGCCCGAAACUGUCUAAUCAACAGUCAGAGGAGGGUCAAGGUGUCCUCGCUUAGCCUCAGCAAGGACGUCUACAACAGCGAGUACUAUCACUACAGACAGUCGUGGAUCCCGCUGCGCUGGCUGCCGUCAGAGUCCGUCUUUGAGGACGACCUGUCCACCAAGUCGGACGUGUGGGCCUUUGGCGUGCUGAUGUGGGAAGUAUUCAGUCACGGGGAAAUGCCAUAUUCCAAACUCGGCGAUGAUGAGGUCUUGGAAGGUUUGAAGGCGGGGAAGCUGAAGCUGCCCCUCCCAGAGGGAUGCCCCUCUAAAAUCUACAAACUCAUGACGCGCUGCUGGGCGCUCGGCCCCAAGGAGCGCCCGUCCUUCACCGACAUCGUCCACAUGCUGGGAGAGCUGCCGUCUGACAGCAAGGUUUAAGCAGGCCGUUCCCGCCACCCCCUCACCGCUAGGACUCAAAUGCUGGAUUAUUAAAAGACCCGGGAGGUGGGAUGAAGAGAGAAACAACUUUAUGAAUGGAUCCAGAGUGUGGAUCAGACUAUUGCUGUUUAGUGUGAACGUCUCUGUGUGAGCCGCACUGGAGCUCCGCCUUAAAUCCAACACAGAUGACCUGCCCCCCUCGUCCGCCCGCCUGUUUGUGCGUGUGCACGCCGCUCUUUGAGAGAGCUUCCCAACCGCAGUGCCUCCACCCUUCACUCCCUGCUCCGCCCCAGAACCUGUGAAGAACGCCCCCCCCCACCAGCUCUGACAGAGAACCCUGCAUCUUUUGGAGAUGGACGCUCCUCAGACCAGUGAAAACAUUGCUUCCGUUAAAUCAGACCCCUCAACUUUGGGUGUACCCUAAAGUGUGUCUGUGUGUUUGUUUGAUCAAUGUCUGCAGAAGUGAAACAUGUCUGCAUGAAGGUUUGUUGUCUGUUACUUCACUGAUUUACAACAAUCCACGUCACCAACACAAGAAAAGAUCAUGUUUUAUAGCCAAGGAACGGAUGAGAUUGUGCCAGUGUGAACUUUUCUAUGUUUUUAUAAAGUUGCUUUUCUAUUUUCGAGGUGCUUUCUGUUGAUGUGCAAAACCGACCAGAACACGCGGAUGUUGCAGCGCGUGUUAACCCGCGAUUGAAAGUCUUCAAAAUCUGUCGAGGUCCAAAAUGUUGUGUGUGUCGUUACAAUGUGGACCAUCACACCAGGCAAAGUGUAAAUAAUGUAGAAGUCAUGCACUAACUUCACUUCAGACCAUCCUUCUGCUUCUUAUGGUGUUGUGUAGAAGGACACGCAGGUGCCUGCUUAUUUAUGAUGAAGGUCCUGUUUUUUUUAAUUAUUUUUAUUUUAUACUGCAAAGGUACUUUGCUGCAAAAGUACUGUGAGGUAAUCAUGCUUUCAUUCCCAUUUCAGUCUGGACUCGAUCUGAGCAUGCUGACAAUAAAACCCGACAAAUGCAGGUAACCAGAAUUCGUUUAAGUGCCUAGUAAAUGAAGGAUUAUCUUAACCAGUUCCCUUUUUUUUGGAUAUCUAAUCAAAUGCAAUUCCUUUUUUUAUCAACUUCUUUUUAUAUAUAUGUGGUUUUUAGUGUAAUGUUUUUGUUUUUAUAUGAAUGCUAGGAACUCACUCCUCGGCUUUGUUUUAAUAUGCUUCAGCAAAUGUUCACAAUAAUCAGAUAUAUUCAAGACUAUACAUGCUGCUGUCAAUAAAGGUUCAUUCUUUUCACUGAG